GGAGCUGUCAGCGGGGAGCGGCGAAGGCAGCGCCGAGGGACGCGGGGCUGCUCCGGCUGCCGCCCGUGCCCCGGUGCCCGGUGCCCCCGCGGCUCGGCUGCAGGAAGCCUGGUGUUGUUCGCCGGGCUUCAACGGGGCGCCGUGCCGGUGGGGGUCCGCGUCUGGGCGGUGGUACGCACAGGGUGGCCGAAAGGGAACAAAAAGUUUAUUCUAAGCGUUAAGCGAAGACCCGUAUGGCUUCAGAGAAAGGAGGCUGCGCGCUGCUGGGCGAAGGCUACGCUACUAAAAUGGGAAAUCAUCCACAAAGCUUCUUUUCGAAGUGCUGUGAGAGCUUUGGGUCUCGCUCCUACAGGACCGCAUUGCAGCGUGAAGUUAUGCCCAGCGGUGUUUUGUUGGGUUGACUGGAAAAAAGGUCUGUCCUAAGGAAGCAGGACGGCUGGCUUCGAGUUAAUAACGUGCUCGUUAUCUAAAACUUUCAGUUCUUGAGGUACCCGUGUUUGCUCUUGGUGCAGGUGUUAAACAGGUACUGAGCCCGGUGAAAAUCGGUUGGUAAACUGCCACCUGAUUGAAGAGCCGGAACAUUAAUCGCACACGCACAUAUACAUACAUACGCACGAGCAUCCACCCAUGCAUGUGAAUACAUUAGUAAAGCUACGUACUGGAGUCUAACGCGUGAGAUACUGUUUGAUUUUUUCCCUAUGAGCCGAGCGACUAAUUACAAAAGUAGUGACUAAAAAGAUAUCCUUUUGUUUCUAUCUGAGUUAUAAUUUUCAAUUUAACAGCUGUGAAAAUGAAUCUCUUGUUUACAAGUAACCCAGAUGGAAGAAAAAACAUCUGUGUUGUUGACUUUUGAUUUCUUUUUUUUUUUUUUUUUUUAGCAUCGAGUACUUUUUCAGCUAAUAAGUUACCCCGAAGUUUAGUUUGUCAGCCAUCAUUCAGUAAAACUAGCUAAAGAAAUAACCGUGUCUCAGCCUUAUCGGCGUGCUUCAGUGAAAAUAAAUACCAUAUUCUGUGUAUAUUCUGCGCUAGUGAAAUUUUGGCGCAAGGAGACUUUUGUAUGUCCGUAUUUUCCCAGGCAGCUUGCUCCUUUCAGCCGCGCUAUUCUGUGUGUUGGUGCUUGUUAUCUUGCUUACUGCUUCUUCUCGGGUCUGUGCUAAGAGCACAGGGGGGCUUGAUCUCUGGAGUGCUGGUCAAUUAAUUCACAAUUUCUUUGUGUGUGUGCAGAGAACUGAGCCUUGGGAGAGAAGAAUGCACAAGCUGGUGCUGAAUAACUUUCUUUAGAGAAUUUUAAUAGUGUAGCAUUUACUGUUUUACCCCAGCUGCAGUUUUCUACUAGGUGUGGCAAUCAAGAUCCAGUAUUUUUUAUGAUAUUUCCACCAUUAUCUGUUACUUUGAUCCUGUUUUUUCCCCGACCUAGUCUAUUGUGUAAAUUAUUUGUUCUAAGUUAAUAAAUUUUCCUGCUUGAUUUAGUGUUUUAGUGUUCCACGUCUUAAAACAUUCAUGCCGUCAGUGUGCUGCCCGACGUUGAGCUGAAGUUUUCCUGGUCUUGAUUUGGCACUAUUAGUUUUUUUGCGGUCUUUUCAGAUAUUUGUGUCUCUGACCAAACUGUGCAUUUUGCUUUCUUUACAUGUUCUUCAAAGAAACUGUCUUCUCCCAUGCCAGGCUGGUUCCUCCCCCUCCCAGCCCGGCUCCUUUCUCCGUGCAUCGGCGGAGGUGGGAAGAUGUUGUGCUGGCUUGGCUGCUGGCGGGGCGCAAGGGCUUUUAGGCUUUUCUCUUCAAGGCGUCGGUCUUGCGCUUUCGUAGAAUCCCGUUGCUUUCGCAUUAAGAGCUUGGUUGCACAACCCUGGUUUACGCAGCGCUCAUCCUGAAAUCGGCAGGCUGCUUCUGUCCUCUGUCCAAUAUAUGCUGAAAUUCAGCCAUAUAAGUAGUAUCGCUCUCGAUGCUUUUUUUUUUUUUUUUUUUCAAACAGAAAAAAAAUACAAUAUAAUACUAUGAAAAAAAAAAAAAGGAAAAUAAGGUACGGAGUGUCUUUAAAAGUAAGAAAAUCAGAAAGGGUUGAUCUGUCAGACUCGCUGACUGACGGUAUUGCUGUAUCCGACAGCCCUGGGGGAAUUUAGUUCGGUUGCCUUCUGGGAAGGACUGCUACUAAUAUAUUUUGCAGGAGGGUCUGUCUUGGUUAGCCUGAAAACAUAUGGAUGAAUCUUUUCUCUUCGAGUUCUGUCAACCAUUUUUAAUCAUCGCAGCAGACUUUAUGUAAGAAUUUCUCUAGUAUUCCAGGAGGAUUUAACAUACAUGACAACUCUGAGAUUUAUGUAAGUUCCUCAUAUUACAGAUAUCAGUGUUAGAGAAGCUCAGCUUUGUUGGGGGAAAGUUGUGGGAGAAGACAUGGGGUAAAAUUAGUGGUCUUAUUUAUAACAGAAUUAAAUAGAAACGUAGUAUGGACAUUUGUAAAAGAAUCUCAUUAGCAGCCUGUGAAUAGACUGCCUUUUAGAAGGAAUGAAUGUUGUGGACGCUAGCAAGCUGAAAACCUUCAGCAGCUAUUAUUUUUGUGAUCUGUUGACCGUGGCACUCAAGAGAUCUUGACCUCCCAUACUACGCCAGGGUUGGUGCUUAGUCUGGGAAGUACUGGGUGGGUACCCAGAGGCCACAGCGCCUGAAAUUCUUCCCUGCAGUUAGUACGGACUGGCAACAGCUCUCAAAUAAAUUGAAUGGGAAUGACGAACGUGUAAAGCUGUGUACGCUUCACUAGUUUCACUAGAGGUAGCUCAGCCUUUUCUGUAUGAUGAGUGAUGAGACAAGGCAUGCAGCCCUGGGUGCUGGUUUUGUGCUCAGAGUUGUUACAGCUCUUCGGUAACUGUAUCAGAACAUCUUAAAAGGCAUUGGCCACAGGACAAUUAACCAAUCAAAGUCAUUUUUUGUUAAAUCUUUUAACUACAGAUUUCAUCCAGUUACCCGAUGAAAAAUGAAGGUACUUUCCUAUCCAGCUGCUGCUUCUUCACCUGCUUGCCUUCCUUAGUAGUCAUGUCGUCAGAUGCUAGGAUUCCCCCAGUAUAGUGCCUGUUCUAUCAUGGACAUUUUCCUAACUCAGUUAACCUAUUCUUGUGCAUUUCAGGACUAUAACAGUGGAGAAAUACUAGCGUACUGAAGGAUGAUAGCUGGAAAUAAGAGACCUUUGGAUUCUAUCCAGAGCUGGCUAAAUCACUUAAUUUUUUUGUAGCUUGGCUUACUUGUCUGUGAAGCCUCGAGUCCUGGACAUUGUACAGCCUAGGCAAGGUCCACAGUAUGUAUUUGUAAUGGCAAAACGUAGGUCUUGCUUGGUGUAACCUGCGUGUUUCACAAGCGCUUGGUCCUCCUCAGGUGAAGCAACUGUUUCAUCUGGCAAGUACCGCGCAUGAUGUGGUUGGUGCUGUGUGCUAUUUAGCCUUCCUAGUCAGUGACAUGGUGGGCACAAACGCUCCAGAUCAAACAUAAUCGCUUCCUGACACAUCAUCCGUCUCCAGAUGGUAUCUCUCAAACCAGAUUGUAAGGUCUAAAGAAAGAUGGCAAAAACAAAGACUGAAUCACCGUCUCUUUAAGUCUGUUAGUCAGAGCCUGCCUAUUUGGUUUAGGUAAAUGCACCUUACAGGAGAGAGCUAAUACAGCAGCUUUGAACAAAUAAAUGCUGCCACGUAAACUUAUAAAAGGAUGUAAGCUGGUGUUAGCCAAAUUUUGGAAGUGAUUUUUUUGAAGAUAUGGAUUAGAAAAGUGUUGAAACUGCAAUUUUUUAAAUAAGGUUUUCAGCAAAUUGAGCUAGAUACCUAAUAGUAUUUCUCUCUUAUGAAGAAAUCAAAGGCUGCUUUUCCCAGUCACCCUUUUUUUUUCGUUUCUUUUUUUUUUUCCCCAGUGGUGCUAGGAUAACAUGUUAAAAUAUACAUAUCUGAAAGUAUGUUGUUGUAGAAAGCACUGGUACAAUGGGCUUGUCUGAGCACAAAGGUGCAGUGAUUUAAUUAAGGGUGUGGCUUAAUUAAGGGCUUGAGUUAUACAAAGUCUCAUUUGUCUAAACUGGUCAUACUGUGUAAACAUCAUAAAUUUAAGUGAACCUUGCACUCCUGCACCUGUGUGCUUAGGGAUAUAAUUAAUAGAAACAUUUUAAAUUGUGUUUCUAUCCAAAUUCUAGAACGGUGUAUUUUAACUUGAUCAGUGCUUCUUUGAGGGGAAAAAUCAAACAAAAACUAAAAGAGGCCAGCAUGCUUCAGUCCUGGGCCAGAAAGUACUGGAAAUACGGACAGUGGUGUUCAGACUGCCGAUGGUAACGCUGAUUGUGAGUCCAGUUGCAGAUUGAAGUAUCAUGGACAGAAGAUAGCUUGGACGAUGUGUUGUGCUAGCGUCUCUCUGCAAUUUCAGUUUUAACGAUGGAUAAGUGUAAGCACAUAGGACGUCUGCGACUGGCCCAGGAUCACUCCAUUCUGAAUCCUCAGAAAUGGCACUGCGUGGACUGCAAUACCACCGAAUCCGUGUGGGCAUGCCUCAGCUGCUCGCACGUGGCCUGCGGAAGAUACAUCGAAGAACAUGCACUAAAGCACUUUCAGGAGAACGGUCACCCAGUGGCAUUGGAAGUAAAUGAGCUGUAUGUUUUCUGUUAUCUCUGUGACGAUUAUGUUCUUAAUGAUAACGCAACGGGAGAUUUAAAGCUGUUGCGAAGUACAUUAAGUGCAAUCAAGAGUCAGAACUAUGAGUGCACUACUCGUAGCGGGAGGACUUUGCGUUCGAUGGCGGCAAGUGAUGACUCCUACCUUGCUCAUGACGGUGCCCAAGCCUUGCUUCGGAAUCAGGAUCGCAUGUUCACAGCGCUGUGGCACAGGAGGCGCGCGUUCAUGGGCAAGGUAUUCAGAUCCUGGUUUCAGUUGACGCCUAGUGGAAAAAAGAUUUUGGAGGAAGAAAAGCGUUGGGAAGAGGAGGAGGAAAGAAGGGACAAAGCUAGAAGGAGAAGACAAGAACGAAAGCGCCAGUUGAAAGAAGAGAUGGAAAAGAUGCCCCCAAGAAAGAGUUCUCGUUUACAAAACCAGAUUAGAAUGUCCUCAGAAACAGCACCCUGCAUGCAAAAAGCAUCACAGAACGUGGAAUCUGUGGCAGAGUUGAAAGAAACGUAUACCUCAGAUGAAGUAAGAUUGAAAAAAAUAAGUGACUCCCCAAUUAAACGAAGGCCCACGGUGACUCCAGGAGUAACAGGACUGAGAAACCUGGGAAAUACGUGCUAUAUGAACUCUAUCCUGCAGGUAUUAAGUCACUUACUUAUUUUUCGAGAGUGCUUUUUAAAGCUUGAUCUCAACCAAACUCAGGAACUGCUGGCAACAGCAGCCAGUGGUAAAACCAGAUCUUCAUCUAAACACCCUUCAAUAACUGCCUCAACGUUACAAGUGAAUGAGAACCAAGAGAAAGGAAAGGGAUCAUCUUCUGCAAGGCGGUCUAGUUUAUCCUCUGGAUUAAGUGGAGGAGCAUCAAAAAGUAGAAAUAUGGAACUUAUUCAGCCCAGGGAGCCCAGUUCAAAGCAUAUUUCUCUUUGUCACGAGCUGCAUACUCUGUUUCAAGUGAUGUGGUCUGGCAAAUGGGCGCUCGUGUCUCCGUUUGCUAUGCUUCAUUCUGUGUGGAGACUAAUUCCAGCCUUCAGAGGAUAUGCCCAACAAGAUGCUCAGGAAUUCCUAUGUGAACUGUUGGAUAAAGUGCAGCAGGAACUGGAGACUACGGGGACCAGAUACCCAGCUCUCAUCCCUGCUUCUCAAAGAAAACUUAUAAAACAGGUUUUGAAUGUGGUUAACAACAUUUUUCAUGGACAGCUAUUAAGUCAGGUUACGUGUCUUGCCUGUGACAAUAAAUCAAAUACCAUAGAACCUUUCUGGGACCUGUCACUGGAGUUUCCUGAGAGGUAUCACUGCAACGGCAAGGAGAUGGCGUCUCAGUACCCCUGUCUGCUGACAGAAAUGCUGGCCAAGUUUACAGAAACUGAAGCUUUGGAAGGGAAGAUAUAUGCAUGUGAUCAGUGCAACACAAAACGCAGGAAGUUUUCUUCUAAACCAGUUAUACUCACAGAAGCUCAGAAGCAGCUUAUGGUGUGUCGACUACCUCAGGUUCUCCGAUUACACCUGAAACGGUUUAGGUGGUCAGGACGCAAUCAUCGUGAAAAGAUUGGUGUGCAUGUUAAUUUUGAUCAAAUGCUGAACAUGGAGCCUUACUGCUGCAGAGAAUCCCUCAAGUCUCUCCUACCUGACUGCUUUAUCUACGAUUUAUCUGCUGUAGUAAUGCAUCACGGGAAAGGAUUUGGCUCAGGGCACUACACUGCCUACUGCUACAAUUCAGAAGGAGGAUUUUGGGUACACUGCAAUGAUUCGAAACUCAACAUGUGCACUAUGGAAGAAGUAUGCAAGGCUCAAGCCUACAUUUUGUUUUACAGCCAACGACUUACUCAGGCAAACGGACAUGGUAAAGUAUAUCCUAGCACAGCUGAAAGUCAGCAGCACACAGAAUUAGCUGACUGCUCUGUGGACAACAGUAGCAGCUAAUCCAAAGUCAAUUAACUGUGUGCACGGUAAAGUUUGAAUUGUCAUAACUAUAUAUUUUUAAAUGCAAGUACAGUAUUGUACUUUCUGACUUUGUGUACAAUGUUUAUAUACUUUUGUAUUAGGCAAAAUACUCUUUACAAUUGUUAGUAAAAGUUUUUAUUGACAGUAAGUAACUUUCUAAGUAACUAGAAUUUCAAUACAGCUAUUUUUUUAAGAAAAAGAUUGCCAUUUGCAUUUAACUCUUACCUCAGGCUGUUUUUUUAAACUGUUUUUGUAUUUUGAUAAUCUUUUUGAAUUGGUUUAGGAAAAUGACUUUCAAUGGACAACUGAUGUUUCUCUGGUUAAUUUUCUGUAUAUGCUUGUGUACAUUUUAUAGUGUAGUUUUAAUGGUAUCAAGACUCUUACUGUCUGCAGGAAUUGUUACUAGGUCUUAGAAUAUUAACAUUCACCUGCGAAGACUGUUCUACAUGUCAAAUAGAAACUGAACUUUUUGUAAGAAACUUUUUGUAUGUUCUUCAUGACUAAAAUGAAAUUUAUUUGCAGGCUUCUCCCCAGGCUUUCAAGGGAGUUACACUAAAGCUACACUGACAGAGUUUCUUAAAAUCUGAAAUUAAGGAAAUAAGCACAUACUUAUUUUCAUAUAAGUAUUUAAGGAGGAGUGUUCAAUAGCACAAGAAUGCAUGUUUACUAAGACUUGCAUGUUUUAGCCUUAAUGAGUCUGAUGAUGUAAAAUUCAAGUGCCAAAUCCAAAGUACUGAUUUUGACAACCAGGGCCUUUUUAUUCCAGUAACUUAAGAAAGCUUAUUAAGAAAGACAACUCCACCCUGCCCAGUCAUUGCGACAAGAAUGUCAGUAUCUCCUUUCUUAAAUUGGACAAGCUUAUUUAAAAUUGUAGCAUUUUCUGUUUUACAAGCCAUUGAAAAGAAGCUGUAGGAGUUGUAACUGGUGAAACCAGCCAGGUGCAAAAUGCUUUCAUGCAACUGCUGUACCUUUUCCAUGGUCCUAUCACUAGCAUUAACAGAAACGUGCAUCGAGGGGAAUCUAACAAGCAGGAAUCAUCAGUCUUUCUCCACAUGCAGUAGUUAAUGCCAAGUAAAUUUUAAUUGUGAAGUUAUUUUGCAUAAGUCCUAUGCAAAUUGUUACCUCAUCUUCUGCAAAGUUUAUACCUCAAUAAAAUGCCUUGAUGUGGAUGGAAA